UGGGCCUUGGGCAAAGAUGAUCAUGGAAGCCUUCAAUCCGAUGCAGUACAAUAUCACCAGAGUGGUUUCGGAGACGAUGCCAGUUGCCACUGUCCCAGUCCUGCUCCUCAUAGGCUUCCUGUUCCUGAUGUGGACUUGUGAAGAAGCAGCAACCAUACCAGGCCCUGGCUACUGUAUGGGGAUUGGUCCCCUUAUUUCUCAUUGGAGAUUCCUCUGGAUGGGUGUUGGCAGUGCUUGUAACUACUACAACAAGAUGUAUGGUGAAUUUAUGAGAGUCUGGAUCAACGGAGAAGAGACCCUCAUUAUUAGCAAUUCUUCAGGUAUGUUCCACGUAAUGAAAUAUGGGCAUUACACCUCUCGAUUUGGGAGCAAGCUGGGCUUAAAGUGCAUCGGCAUGCAUGAGAACGGGAUCAUAUUUAACAAUAACCCAGUGCUCUGGAAAGAAAUACGACCCUUCUUCACCAAAGCUCUCUCUGGCCCGGGUCUCGUGCGGAUGGUAUCUAUUUGUGUUGACUCAACGGCUGAACAUUUGCACCAGCUAAAGGAAGCGGCUCCCAAGCCUGAAUACAUCAACAGCCUGAAUCUCAUGAGACGUAUUAUGCUGGACACAUCAAACAGACUUUUUCUUGGGAUUCCUCUUGACGAGAACGACGUUGUGUUUAAAAUCCAAAACUACUUUGAUGCUUGGCAAGCGCUGCUCCUGAAACCUGACAUCUUCUUUAAGAUUUCCUGGCUGUAUAAAAAAUAUGAGAAUUCUGCGAAGGAUUUGAAAGAAGUCAUCGAAAUCUUAAUAGAGAAGAAACGACAAAAGCUUUUCACACUUGAGAAACUGGAGGACCACAUGGAUUUUGCAUCACAGCUGAUUUUUGCUCAGAGCCGUGGGGACCUAACUGGUGAGAUGGUCAACCAGUGUGUUUUGGAGAUGCUGAUAGCUGCCCCAGAUACUCUCUCGGUGACUCUGUUCUUCAUGCUAGUGCUGAUUGCAGAACAUCCUCAGGUGGAAAAGGAGAUGGUGAAGGAAAUACAGGCUGUGAUGGGUGACAGAGAUAUCCAAAGUGAGGACAUACCAAAGCUAAAAGUGGUGGAGAAUUUUAUCCUCGAGAGCAUGAGAUACCAGCCAGUCGUGGACUUGGUCAUGCGUAAAGCCCUGCAAGACGAUGUGAUUGAUGGCUAUCCUGUCAAGAAAGGAACCAACAUCAUUCUGAACAUCGGGCGCAUGCAUAAGCUUGAGUUCUUCCCAAAGCCAAAUGAAUUCUCACUCGACAAUUUUGAGAAAAACGUUCCCCAUCGUUACUUUCAGCCCUUUGGAUUUGGUCCCCGUGGUUGUGUUGGGAAGUUUAUUGCCAUGGUGAUGAUGAAGGCUAUCCUGGUAACUUUCCUGAGAAGGUGCAGUAUCCGGACUCUAAAAGACCAAGGUCUUAACCACAUUCCAAAAAACAAUGACUUGUCUUUGCAUCCAGAUGAAAGGCAGCCAUUGCUGCAAAUGCUUUUCGUGCCAAGAAAUAACGUGAGCAACAACCAUCAUGAUGAAUAAAACAGCCCAUGAAGUCUCCAAACACUGAUUGUUUGGGCUACCCUAAUGAAAACUGAUUGGUUGGACUACUUAGCUCAAAUGAAGAAUUCUCAUCCCAUCUGGGGAGCAUCCAUUCACUCAUCCAAUGAAUAGAUUGCUGGUGCAAGUGGCCAUUUGAUAGAACUGAGGUUCUGGCUGCUGUUCACAUUCAUGCAAGGAGGACCUACAAGUAUCUUUGCAAAUUAUUCUGUGCAGCUGAAAUUGUGUGAUGGAAAUUCCGUUCUGUAAGAAGCACUGAAGAAUCCAUUUAUGUAGAUCCAUGGAGAUGAGAUGAGAUAAGAAUCAUGCAAGGGGCAGCAGCUGGAUUCUCACACCACUGUUGAUUAG